GAAGUACCUCCGCAGCGCAGCAAUUGCAGAGCACGUCGGGGUGUAGACGCAGCCCGCGGUCGCACGUCAUGGCUACUCCAGGGAUUCGUUCAUCUACGGCGUUGAGGCUACUCCUAGUUGGGUUCAUCGCGGUUUACCACGUGUCACCAGCGACUGCCGCGGAAAAGCCACCCGGUCAGGGUCUGCAGUGUGAUGGAUGCGUUGCGAUCCUGCAAGAGCUGCACCCAAAGCUGUCAGCGAGCCAGGGCCGUAAGCGACUCGUGGAAGGCGCGCUGAAGAACCUGUGCAGCGAGGCCAACUUCGUCGUCUACAGGCACAGCCCUCCCAAGAUGAUCAAGGCCUGCAAAUUUAUCCUCGACAACUAUCGGGACGAGCUGGCGUCCAGCCUGCACAACUUCUACAAGAAGUACAAGGUGAAGGACAACCUCAAGCUGCAGGCCGAGUUCUGCGACGAGACCAUCAAGGUCUGCCCUCCGGGAAUGCGGGACGCGGACAUUAGGAUGAACCCCAUCGGUAUGAGCAUUGACGAAGCCAAUGAGAAGUUGGCUCAAGGCAUCAACGGCAAUCAAGAGUCUGUUAUUGAACUUGAUAACGAGCGGACUGAGCUUUGAUGAUGAGCCGCAACAGGGCGGCUGGCGACUGCCACUCGUUCAUCUUGCACCAGUGAAGCAGCGGCUUGGGACACACGAAUCCCUCGUCUGCGAUUCUGUGUCGAGCCUCACACCUUUGGUCGCUUCAUAAACAGCUGUGUCUCAUUAAAAAGCAUAAAUAAAAUGUUCAUUUCUGUGACCGAAACUUCACUGGA